UCCAAAACCCUAGUCUCGUGGCUGGUCGCCUGGGGUUUUAGUGUUUUACUCCACUUCUUGGACAAACCAGAAAGUCGAAAUUGGUACGGGUAACUCCGCCAUGACUUCGAAAUUGAUUCACAGCCGCUAAUUAAUUAUCGCAAUUCCUUCGUUCGUUGCUUAUGAAUCUGUUUGAGAUAUUUGGGUCUAUCAAAGAAUUGGACGUUUUGCUUCUGAAGCUCAGGAGUUGCUUGCUGCUCUCUGGUAUUACGUGAACGUGAUUAGAGGGAACUCCAGUUCAGAUAAUCUGUUCUUUCGACAUCAAAUCUAUCUCUUUUCUUUUAACUCUGUUCGAAUUUCUCAAUUUUGUAGAUUGGAUAUGUCUGAGAAUGUGAAUAUUUGCUCCUGACACUGUCGAGUUACUAGUUGAUAUUUAGUACUGCAUAAGGAUGAUCAGAAGGAGGCCCAGUUCGUGCAAUUUCUUCUCCAGAAACAGAGGAGCAACAAUUACAACAUGUACUCUCCCAUUAGACCCGCCAAGUCCCACACUUGUAUCAUCCAACGACCACAACGACCUCUGCCUAUCCUUAGCGGACAACCUAAUUCACCGCGGCCUCUUGUCCACCGCUAGGCAGGUGAUUGAACGGAUAAUUGCGCAAUCUACAUCUGUUGCCGAUGCAAUCUCUGCUGUUGAUUUUGUGGCCGUGCGUGGAAUAGACCUUGAUGUUGCUGUCUAUGAUGCGCUUAUUAAGAAAAUGGUGAGGUCUGGACAACCCGAACUGGCUGAGGCGUUCUACUAUAAUAGCAUUGUUGGCAGAGGUAUUGACGUUCACCCGGAAAUAUUUAAUUCUUUGGUUAUUUCUUGGUGUAAAUUAGGUAAAUUAGAUAAUGCAGUAAGUCAUUUUGAUAGGAUGGUUUCAAUGGAUAGCGUUCCUUCUGAGGCGGCAUGCAAUGCUCUUUUUAGGGAACUUUGUGCCCAGGGGAGGUUCCUGGAUGGAUAUGAUUGGUUUUGUAGAAUUUGUGAUGCUAAAAUUAAUUUGGGUAUAUGGUGCUAUAAUGUGUUAAUUGAUGGCCUGUGCUGCCAAGGGUAUAUGGAUGAGGCAGUUCAGUUGGUUACCAUGAUGCAUGAGAGAACUGGGUUGCCACCUACUCUUCAUUUGUACAAGUCAUUGUUUUAUGGUUUCUGUAAGAGAGGAAGGGUCGUGGAGGCAGAGUCAGUCUUUGGAGAAAUGGAGUCCCAAGGUUUCUUUGUGGAUAAGAUUAUGUACACUUCUCUUUUGAAUGUGUACUGCAGGGAUGGGAAGAUGAAAACGGCAAUGAGAAUCUAUUUCAGGAUGCUCAAGGUGGGCUGCACACCAGAUGAGUAUACUUACAACACAUUGAUUCAUGGCUUUUUUAAGAUUGGAUUGUUUGAUAAGGGACAGGUGCUAUUCCACCAAAUGAAUGAAUUGGGGAUGCAGCCUGAUAUGGUGACAUACCUUGUAAUGAUCAAUUAUUAUUGCAAAAAAGGCAAAGUGGAUUGCGCAUCAAUUGUUUUUAAUAAAAUGGUUAGCUGCGGUCUUGCACCCAGUGUGCACUGUUACACAGUUGUGAUAGCUGCACUUUACAAGGAGAAUAGGAUUAUGGAAGUUGAUAGGCUCUGCGGAGAGAUGUUGGACGCCGGGGUUGUUCCUGACCAUGUGUUUUUCUUUGUUUUCUUGAAGCAUUGCUCCAAAGGAAAUGAGCUUGAGCUUGCUCUCUUGAUGUUGCAAGCAAUUGCAAAGAAUGGAUGUGGGCUUGACCCUGUGGCACUCUCAACCUCCAUUCCUGUUCCUACUAAGGAUUUGGAGCAAGAAAUCGAGCUCCUGCUUGUGGAAAUUGCGAGAAAUAACUUCAGUCUAGCUACUGUAGCAUUCAGUAUCUAUAUUUGUGCAUUAUGUGAGGGAGGAAAGUCUGAUAUUGCUUUGGACUGCUUGGAUAAAAUGAUCAAUCUUGGUUGCAGUCCUUUGAUUUUCACUUGUAAUUGCUUGGUCAAGUGUCUUUGCCAGGGGGGUCUGUUUGACGAUGCCAGUUCUUUAAUUGAGCUUAUGGGAGAGCAAGGGGUAAUUCCUGAUCAGGCAACGUAUUUGAUCAUGGUGAAUGAACACUGUAAACGGGGAGAUCUGGUAUCAGCCUUUGAUAUUUUGGAUGAAAUGAACGGGAAAGGAUUGAAGCCUACCGUUGCUAUAUAUGACUGUAUCAUAGGUUGUCUUAGCAGAGAGAAAAGAGUGUUUGGAGCAGAAAUAACGUUCAAGAGGAUGCUCGAAUCUGGUGUGGAUGCUGAUGAAAUUUUGUACAUGACAAUGAUCAAUGCAUAUUCCAAGAAUGGAAGAGCCGAGGAAGCCCGGGAAUUAUUUGAGAAAAUGAGAGAGAGUGACAUCCAGCCUAGUUCUUAUUCUUAUACUGCAUUGAUAAGUGGUUUGGUGAAGAGAAAUGAGACUGAUAAAGGAUGCAUAUACCUUGAUAAAAUGUUGGGAGAUGGUUAUGAACCAAGUAAAGUGCUCUAUACUGCUCUUAUCAAUCAUUUCUUGAGGAAGGGUAACUUUGAAUUUGCCUUAAGGUUAGUUAAUGCAAUGGUAAAUAACAAGAUUGAAGAAGAUCUUAUUUGGUAUAUUACCCUGGUCAGUGGUGUUUGUAGAAAUGCCGGUGGUAUAAAUAAAAGUUCGUGCCCCGCAAAUAAAGGCCCUGAGAGGGCUACAGAGAAGCUGUUGUAUUUGCUCCACCCACCAAAUCCGUUGCUGAGGGAUAACAAUUUGAGACGUUCUUCUAAUUCACUUGAAGAAAUGAAAAACACCGCAAUGAUGCUCGUGCGGAAAGUAAAAGAAACCAGUUUUAUGCCAAAUUUAUAUCUUUACAAUGGCAUUCUUUCUGGAUAUUGUUAUACAGAUAGAAUGCAGGAUGCAUAUGAUCAUUUUGAACUGAUGCAAAUCGAGGGUAUUUGUCCCAAUGAAGUUACUUUCACGAUUCUAAUUGGCGGGCAUAUAAGGGCCAGAGAAAUUGAUUGUGCCGUAUGGGUAUUUAACAUGAUGAAUGCAUCUCAUUGCUCUCCAGAUAGAAUUUCACAUAGCAUUUUAUUGAAAGGUCUUUGUAAGGCCGGUAGAUUACUUGAUGCAUUGUCAUUGUUAUAUACAAUGCAUAAGAGGGGGUUCUUUCCUAGUAAGGCUUCUUAUGGACUUUUGUUAAACGCCUUCUGUGCUAGUGAUUUAAGUGUUCCUGCCUUCAGAAUAUUUGAAGAAAUGAUGGCUUAUAAUUAUCUGCCUCACUGUUAUAGUCUUAACCGGUUGCUUUGCAUGUUAUGUGAAGAAAGGAAAUUCCAUGAAGCUCAUGGAGUUUUGGAGAUGAUGAUUAAGAAGGGGAAAUUCCCUGAUGAAACAACAAUGACACAUCUGUUAGAAUCCCGUGAGCAAUGGUUAAGAGAGGAAAAUUCCCUGAUGAAUCAACCAUGACCCUUCUGUUAGCAUCCCGUGAGCCAAGCCUGACUUGAUUGUUUUUGAAAGAACGAGAUGAUUAGUUUCAUUGAAGGAACAAGAUGAGCUUGUGUUUUAUUAAUUGCCUAUGGGUGAUGGCGAAAGCUUCUCCAAAGAAGAGAUUGCUGGAUUGAGAGAAAAUUUUAAGGCAGUGGAUACGGAUAGCAGUGGUGCAAUUACAUUUCAUGAACUCAAAGCUGGUUUGCGAAGAUAUGGCUCACAUUUGAGCAAUACAGAGAUACAUGACCUUAUGGGCGGGGUUCCAACGUAUUUGACUAUGUGGCAUUUUGGGUUCAUUGACAGACUCGAUUGAAAAUUGGGUCUAGCUGAGAUUGUAAAUAGAUGAUAGUCGAGGACUGUUACCCAGUUGCAGCAGUUUUCAGCUUAUCUCAGUACUGUGAAGUUUUCUGGUCUUAAGUUUUGUUUUCACCAAAAACAAGCCUUUGUUAAUUAAGUGCAUGGCUUGGAUGGUGACGGGUUCUAAGACAUUGGAUGGUGACUGGUCUGGGAUCCAAAUGUGCCAUGCUCCGGUGCUCGUUAUUAAUGUAGGACUGAACUUUGAUGUCUGAUCUGCUACUGAUGUCAUGCAUUGAGGACAGAUCCUGGAAUGCUCGAGAGGGUGGUUACUAUGUGAUUCCAUUGACUUUAAAAGUUAAUCCAAUGUAAUGUUAAGUCAUUUGUAGGAUAGGAUGAGUUGAGUGAACCAUAUUUCAAUUUUUGGUAUUCCUAUCCUGCAACUUGCAUACAUUUUACUACAGUUUUCAUUGCUUAGACUUUUUUUUC